AUGUCCACAAUCUCGAGGGUUGGUCGUCUAGUCCUGCCAAGGACAGCCCUUCUGGUCUGUGACCUUCAGGAGAAGCUCCGUCCAGCUAUUGCGCAUUUUGAUGCCGUUGUCAAUGUCUCCAACCGCCUCAUUCAGGCAGCAAGGAUUCUGCAAAUGCAAACCAUUGUCACUGAGAUGUAUCCUAAGGGUGAGUUAAUAUAA